UGCUCAUUCUAUAUAUCGCGAACCAACUCUCGCUCCUGAACUAAUACUCGUCAUAUUCUCAUUCCUUACGCGUUAAAGGGAAUUGGUUGUGAAAGGCCGUUUCCGUCUCAUGAAGGGCGAGUUUCUUCAUAUUAUUUUCUAUUUUUGGUUAAUUGAAUACCAAGGACGAACUUCGCGUUUUCAGUUGGUAGCUCAGUCUGUCAAGACCUUUUUUAUCUCCUAACGGGAGAGCCAAAAAAGAAAAACCCCGAACGGCUUGACUAGCUCAGCCUGUCGAAGCCGUUUAACAGGUACUCAGACACAUUAGUGAAAGGCUGGAUACUCCCUUUGUGCUUUUCGACGCUGGCAAUUUUCCUAGAUAAGAGAUAAAAAUUGACAAUACUCAAAUACGUGGUUGCUAGUGGGGGGGAGUGAGCGGCAGAGACGGGGCUAUAUGUGUUCACAAUCUUCUGUAGACGAACAUUCUGGUUUCGAUAAUUUGAAAAGAGAAAAAAACUGCACUGCUGCCAAGCCAAGCUACCGAGCGGUAGACAGAGGCAUACUGGCACCAGCGGACAACGAUGACAGGGACGCUCAGAAUGCUGGGACCCUAGUCUGGGACCCGACUAUCGCACCGUCAGAAGUCGACGACAUACUUGAGACAUGCAAAGUAAAAGACGAGACCGUCUGUUCUCCUAAAGUGCUAUCAGGCUUCAUGGGUGAUGGCUAUAAUGCCUGCGACGUGUGCGCUUUUGGCCUGAAGGAUGACGGCGAGGACGAUGACGGCUUCGGGCAGCCAUUGCGACAACGUUACGAAGACAGCAAUUCCAUGCUGCUACCGUUAUUGAUGCGACAAUAUGGAGAAGGAACGUGCUCUGAAAAUAAUAACAUCAAGGACGACAUUUUGUGCCUAGAAGACAUGCUUCAAGUAGUGAGCGACUCCAAUUACUCCAAGGCAGACACCUUGGCCAAAUUGCAGACAUUGGGCAUACGAGGCUGGCAUCCAAGGCGGCCAAAUAAGAGAAGAUGGUCCAGACAUGAAAUCGAACUUUUCGAACUAUAUUUCAACGAAUAUAGAGACGAUCUCGCAAAAAUCCAAACGUUUGUCAAGACCAAAAGUGUAGCCGAUUGCAUUGAACUCUACUUUUCAGGAAAUUAUUGUCUCGAACUUGAAAGAGAGUCAGCGCGGCAGUCAGAAAAUAAUCAAUACAUUUCCGACGCCGUGAACCAAGAUACCUCCAGAGGAGGGGGGCCUCUACAGUGUACUGGCAUCAAAAGAAGAUGCAAAAGAGAUACUACGAACACAUUGUUCUCUGAGUCUCUGUGGAACGCCGAUCUAGAUAUGUGUAGUAUGUACAGUGUACCCAAUAUGUCUGAUUUCUAUAUUGGGUCAAAUGGCCAGUCCGGCAGCCCAGCGAAUCCUUCUAUUUUCGACGCUCAAAACUCCCUCAGCGACUCAGAGCUCGAUUUAUUCGCCAGUCCGGAAAAAAAAAUCGACACUCCUCUGUCCUUUUCGACCACUAGCAAUAGGUUCUACUCACUCUUCUAUUCUGACUUGAGCAGUGCCUUCGCCCUAGAAAAUCAUAACACCAUCAAUCCCCUUAAUGUGGUCAAACGAUCGAGCCUGCUGCCAGACAGGUCAUCAAUGAGCAGUACCUCUCAGCCAGAUUCGAAAUUGGGCAUGCAUUUCAUGUAAAAAAAAAGAGGUCGUUAAACGCUCUCAAAUUGUAUGUGCUGUACAUACAUAUAUUAUAUAUAUACACACCUCUCUCUAAAAGGGAGAGAUAUGUCAACAUUGCUGACAAAAAACUCGUUUAAAUUCUCUCUGGCAAGACGUUUAAGGUAGAGUAGAUGAAUGCUAGUUCAGUGACAGUUUCGUCCACUCGUCCCUGUGCAGUUCCGUUUCCAAAGUGGCCGUACUGAUUGUCCAUUCGAAGUAAAAUGAGACUGUUCCCUUUUUUGGUAGAGCGCAGCUUGGCUACAUAGCGACUGUGGUUCCAAGGCGGAACGCGAAUGUCUAGCAUAGAAGAAGUUAUGAACAUAGCCGGAUAUUCGUGACUCUGUAUGUUCCAAUAUGGAUCAUAAGAGUAGAUAUUUUCAAAAUCAUCCUUCACAUUGGGGUUGCCCCAUUCUUCGUACUCAUGUACCGUCAGAGGUAGAUGUUCGUUCAACAUAGAACUCAAGACGUCUAAAAAGGGAACCUUCAUCACCAUCGCUUUGUACAGCUCCGGUGCUUCGUUGGCGGCGACACCCAAGACCAUUCCACCUGCACUCGCGGCUUUAGCUGCGAUCCACUUGGGCUGAGUAUAGCGAUUCGAAAUGAGCCAUUUCGUACAACUGAUAAAAUCGUCGAAGGAAUUUCGUUUGUUCAACAGCUUGCCACCGGCGUGCCAUUGGCGACCAAGCUCGCCUCCACCGCGGACGUGCGCGUAAGCUAUCAUCCAUCCUCGCUGCAGCAUUGGUAUGUUUGCAAUGUCGAAAUCAAGGUUCAGAGAAUGACCAUAGGCGCCAUAAACAUGUAGCAGUGUCAAGUUAUCCAUAGAAGGGGCAAUGCCCUUGCGAUGUACGAGCGUCAUGGGCACUUGUACGCCGUCAGUGCUGGGCACCAUCACACGUUGAAUUUGGUAGUUCUCAGGGUUGAACGCGCUCUUCGCGCCUUCGCUGCACGGAAGCUGGUGCCUGUAUCGUUCCUCUAGCACUCCAGUAUCAAAGUGAUAGUCAUACACGACGCCUGGCACAAUGGGAGAGCUGUAGGUAAAACGCAGUCUAGACGUAUCUGGGUCUAAGUUUGUACCUGGCUCAAUGUGACACAAGCCGGACUCGAGCGGAAUAAGCACUUCUUCUCGAGUGCUGGUAUUGAUAACACAAACCCGAGACAGGCCGCCGUGACGCUCAUAUAUAACGACAUGGUUCUAUAUCGAAAUUUUUUAGUGCGAGGAUGAGUACCGUGAAAAUUACGUACACUGUCGCAAUGAUUUGUACAAUCUAUGCAACCAUUUUCUUUUUGCAAAGCAUUUGCUAAAAAAUUAUUUUGACGUACCGAUAAA